CGCAGAGGCCGAGGUGGCGCGGGCAGAUGCCGAAGCAGAGGCCCAGGUCCGGGACGAACAGGCCGCGGCGUGCGAACGGCAACUCCCAGUCUCCUUCUUUGUCGCUGCUGACGCCUGACGGCGACGAUGUUGGUGCCGCCAGAGCCGGAUACGACGGCGAGGUCCAGGCGCUCCGGUCGGCCCGGCAGUGUAUCGAACUGCGCGACAGGGCGGGGGAAGUUCCUCAUCGGCAUCGCCCAAUCCUCCUCGCCCCCCUCCGCUCCGGCGGCGGAUGCGAACUUGUCCUUGAGGUUUAUCUUGAAGACAAGGUAUCAGGAAGAAAUCGACCGAGCCGGACUCUCUUCUUGCAGCACAAGAAGAUACGGAGAAGAACUCGACUCCCGCGGCGCGCCGGAGCUGCCUUCUUUAAGCAAAGCGAGCCCUCCCCUUCCCCAACCGCGCUUCGCAAAUUCGCAUCAGUACUUCUGGGAUCAGACCCGAGAGCGAAGCAAACAAACAGCGCCCCGAGCGGGGAGGAGACGAGUGAGUCUCGGAGCACAGGCGAUGGCCAGGUUCGACCCGUACGAGAACAACGGCGGCACGUGCGUGGCCGUCGCCGGCGCCGACUACUGCGUGGUCGCCGCCGACACCCGCCUCUCCGUCGGAUACAGCAUCUUGUCCCGCGACCACUCCAAGAUCGCCCAACUGGCAGACAAAUGUGUUUUGGCCUCAUCUGGCUUCCAAGGUGAUAUCAAAGCUUUGCAGAAGAAUCUGGCUGCCAAGGAAUUGGUUUAUGAGCACAAUCAUAACAAGAAGAUGAGCUGCCCUGCAAUGGCGCAACUGCUUUCGAACACACUCUACUACAAGAGAUUCUUCCCAUACUACGCAUUCAAUGUAUUGGGUGGACUGGACAGCCAAGGUAAAGGAUGUGUCUUUACAUACGAUGCUGUUGGGUCUUAUGAGAGGACAGGUUAUAGUGCUCAGGGAACGGGUGCAGCAUUGAUGAUGCCUGUUCUUGACAAUCAGUUGAAAUCUCCUAGUCCUCUACUACUGCCAGCUAGGGAUGCAGUGACGCCCUUGUCUGAAUCUGAGGCGGUUGAUCUGGUGAAGGACGUUUUCGCAUCAGCUACAGAACGAGACAUAUACACUGGAGAUAGAUUGGAAAUUGUGGUCAUCAACAGCUCCGGCACACACCGAGAGUACAUUGAACUUAGGAAGGACUAGUGCAUUGUUCCUGUGAAAUGGCACUACCAUUUGUUUCUGUUGUCAGAUGUGUUUGAGUUUCCUCUAAAAAGAAAGAUGUUUUUGAAUUUCCAUUUCACUGAUUCUAGCACGAAGUGAUUACAAUUCAUCAUUUUAUCUACUAUACUUAGACGGCACCA